GCAUACGCAUUACUACCACGCCCAUUAUUUUGUUUACGUACAGUACAUUGUACACUUAACAAUUUUAGUUGCAACGAAGCCUGCAGCCGGCAAAAACUUUUCAGUGCUCUUAUUUUCUAAUAUUCCGGCUUCUUCGACUUAAGUUAACUGGGUCGAUUUCCUUUGCAAAAAUCUGAAGAAGUAAAAGAUGUCAAAUUCUGAGAGUGAAACUGCUACAAAUGACGAAGUCAAGCGCCCACGCUUGGAACUCGAAGUUCCUGAAACCUCAGAGGCUGUUGAUGAGAAGGAGGUCGAGUAUUGCUUUGUCUGUGACGAAUUGAUCAGCGGCAAGAAGUAUCCAAUCGCAAACUGCCUGACAAACACCAGCAAGAGUCGUCUCAUUGAAGUUUUGGGAAGGCUUGUUAGCGAGAAGUAUGUGGUAGUGGUCUCGAACAUCGACAAAAUCUGCAGAACGUGCGCCAAUUUGCUUAACAAUCUGGAUCGUCUAGAGAACGAAGUGAUGACCACCAAGCAGACCAUCUUGAGCUCCAUUGAGAGGAAGUACAACUUGAAUGAUGAUGAUUUGUACAGCAGGACCAUGCCAAAGAGUGUUGUCUUUGGCAACACGCAGAAUCUGAAGACAACAUUUGAGAAGACUGCAAUGAAAAGUUCCAAACCAUUCAAAGGAACUUCCGUUCUGCCUACAAAAACGACUGCCGCUACUGUCAAGCCCAUCAUCUUAAGCACGCAAUCAGGACUUGUAAAAGAAAGUCUUACGCCUACUACUGGAACACCAGCUGCAAAAACUCCUAUUCCGCAGAAUGUUCUGAUGCAGUGCAACCAGUGUCAAUAUACGACAAACCAGCGGCCUGUGAUGCUGGAGCACCUUCGGCAGCACAAGGCAAAGGAGGUCAAGGGAAAAAUCACUGCCGACAAACCCUUGGAAGAGAUACUCAUUCCUGUUUCGAAUAGGAUCCUAACCCUGUCACCCUCAAGGCAGCAGUUGACCACCUUGCAGCUGGACCGUGAGUACCAAGUGGGGCGUAUGUCUAUGGAUGUGCGCAAAUUUUCCGAGUGCUAACUACUUUCGAACAAAAAUCCAAAACGACUUUUGCACAACGCGGUAUCCGCACUUUUCGAACAAACCGAGUGACUUGAAGUUGUCCCUUAACACGUGUGCGUGCGGGUGAAUUCUAAUUUGCGCCAUUUUCCGAGUAAGUUCCGUCAAAACACAUGUUCCGAAGCCUUUUCGUUGGUGUUCGGGCGCCACUUGCAAGGCGGACACACCACCAUACUCGGCCUGAACAUUCAUCGCAACCAGAUCGUCUUUUACUCCGACGUCAGCUUUCCGAAAAGCGGCGACAGACAAGUUUAGCUCAAACAUCUUCUCCACGGUCUGUUUGUAAUCAUCCCAAAUAUCCGUUGCCUCCGAAAUAUGCAAUAAAUUCACUGGUUUCAGGUAAUAUCCAUCUGGAAUUCUGAAAAUUUAUUAUUUCUCUAUAGCUAUUAAUUCAGAUCAAAAACAAAAAAACAAUAUUUUUUGAAGAAAUUG